AUGUAUGAUACGUUUGUUUACGACAUCCUUACAGGGGCCAACACCCCGGAAGCCUCGCUUGAGCGUCAAGAACAAUUGAUCUCACUAUGCGCUCGAGGACACUUCCAGCUCAGGAAAUGGGCUAGUAACUCGUCCGUUAUCCUACAAUCUAUUCCGGAAUGUGACCGAUCCAUGUCAACUGACGUUCUGUUCGAUGACGUGUUGGAAGCCGGGUUUAAAAUCCUCGGCAUGCGGUGGAACCCGAACAGGACCAUUUCUCUUAUUCCGUCCAGCGUCCUAGCACAAAGACUACCAAACGCUCGAUUCUAUCGGAUCUCGCUCGCAUCUUCGACCCACUUGGUCUCCUUGCACCGACCACCUUCUUAUGCAAAACACUUAAUGCAGUUGCUAUGGACGUCUGGGAUCGGAUGGGACCUGCAAGGUAUCCAGAAUUUGAGUGUUCUACGCCGAAUCACCAUGAACGGAGAAGUCAAAUACGAACUCCAUGCAUUUUCUGAUAGUUCUGAGAAAGGAUACGUGGCAGCUGUAUAUCUGCGUUGUGAUUACAGAGAAGGAAUUCAAUACCAUCUUAUUACCUCGAGAACAAAAGUUACACCUCUAAAACGAGUAACCAUUCCUCGUCUCAAGUUGUGUGGAGCUGUGUUGGCCGCUCAACUGCUACAAUAUGUGCAUGAAGUCCUCAAGUCUGUCCUCCCCAUCGAAGCGAUGCAUGCCUGGACGGAUUCGACUACCACUCUCGCGUGGAUAAAAUCGUCAUCACAUAGGUAA